ACCCCCUGGCCUGGCCCUAUCCUAUAACCGGUAAUCGUCAUUCUAAAAAAAUCUAGAAAUUCUAGAAUAUUCGUGAGGACAAGAACAAAUACCUGUGAAAUUCUCCUCUAUUGAGACAUUUUUUUGUUUCUCCUUCAUAUUCGAAUUCAAACAAAAUGUCUGGAGCUGCCAAGAAAUUGAUCCCUCUUUUCGACCGUGUCCUCAUCAAGAAAUUUGAGGCUGUUACCAAAUCGAAAGGUGGCAUUGUAAUUCCUGAAAAAGCCCAGGGUAAAGUUCUUAAAGGCACAGUGGUAGCUGUUGGACCAGGUUCUAGAUUACAAGAUGGUAGCUUCGCCCCAUUGACCGUUAAAGUGGGUGAAAAUGUUCUUCUGCCAGAAUAUGGAGGCACCAAAGUGGAACUUGAAGAAAAUUCUGAAUACCACCUUUUCCGAGAGUCUGACAUCUUGGCUAAAGUAGAAUAAGUUCAUAGAAUAUUUCCAUUUUAUAUGUUUUUGUUAUAUUUCUCUGUGAGAAUCCCAAGUCUGUUCAUUUCUAGUUGAAUAUGGUAAAGAAUGAUCUGCAAACUGCAAAUUUUCAGACUUGAAGUGAUGUUUUCAACUUGAAUUUUAUUAUAUUUGGUUGAGACAUCUUGUUGAGCAUAGCAGUUAGAAGUUGUA